CGGCCCCGGGGCGGUGCCGCUCCGCGAUCCGGCGCCGCUCUGAGCUCAUCGCCCGGCGCCGCCGAUGCGGGAGCUGGGCCCCGGUGAGUGAGCGAGGGGCGGCCGUGGCCGCGGAUGUGGGCUGAGCUCUGGCUUGUGCCCCGCAGGGCCGGGCUGCGGCUGCUGCGGCGGCGGCACGGCGGGAGCGGCACCGGCGCCAUGAGGCUGCAGGCGCCGCAGUUCCAGGCGCUCUUCACGCCGGGGCUGCGCAGCGUGGCCGAACUGUUUGAGAAGAAGAACUAUGAGCUGAGGAUAGCAGGAGGGGCUGUGAGGGAUUUACUGAGCGGAGUGACACCACAAGACAUCGAUUUUGCCACCACAGCCACACCAGCAGAGAUGAAGGAAAUGUUCACAGCAGCUGGGGUUCGUCUGAUCAAUAACAAAGGAGAAAAACACGGAACCAUCACUGCCAGGCUCCAUGAACAGAAUUUUGAGAUCACCACUCUCCGAAUAGACGUUGUCACCGACGGGCGGCACGCAGAGGUGGAGUUCACCACGGACUGGCACAAGGAUGCUGAGAGGAGGGACCUCACUGUCAACUCCAUGUUUUUAGGUUUGGAUGGGACACUCUAUGAUUUCUUUAAUGGCUAUGAAGACUUGAAAAACAAGAAAAUCAGAUUUGUGGGGAAGGCAGCUGAGAGAAUACAAGAAGAUUAUUUAAGAAUCCUGAGAUACUUCAGAUUUUAUGGAAGAAUUGCAGAGAAACCUGGAGAUCAUGAACCUAUUACACUGCAAGCAAUUAAAGAAAAUGCCAAAGGCUUGGCUGGAAUAUCAGGAGAAAGGAUUUGGGUGGAACUAAAAAAAAUUCUUCUUGGAAACCAUGUCAAUCAUUUGGUUCAGCUUAUGUAUGAGCUGGAUAUUACCCAGUACAUAGGGCUACCACUUGAUGGAAAUUUAGAGGAAUUUGCCAGAGUCAGUAAAAACAUCCAAAAUCUGUCUCCAAAACCCAUGACUGUCCUGACGUCCUUGUUCAAGGGGAAGGAUGAUGUCACAAACCUGGACCUGAGGCUGAAAAUCUCCAAGGAAGAAAAGAACCUUGGCCUUUUCUUGGUGAAGCACAGGCAGGAGUUAACCAAAGGCUCAGGGCCAGAACCACUUAGACCAUACCAGGACUUCCUGAUGGAUUCUAGGGAAGCUAACACCAACUCCAAGAUCUUUGAGCUCCUGAAGUACCAAGGAGAGGAGCAGCUUUUGAAAGAAAUGCAGGAAUGGACUGUGCCCUCCUUCCCUGUCAGUGGGCACGAUCUCAGGAAGAUGGGGGUGUCCUCUGGGAAGGAGAUUGGGACAGCACUGCAGCAGCUGAGGGAUGAGUGGAAAAAGAGUGGGUACCACAUGGAUAAAGAGGAACUGCUGAGCUGCCUGAAGAAGCUGUAAAGUGAAUAAUAACAGAACUGUUUGUGCCCUGAUCUGAGUGGAACUGAGCUCCCAGGAAACUGAGCCUCUCACAGCCAACUGGGCAUCUGUCACAUUUAACAUUUUCGUUACUAAUUCCUAACUUCUGCAAGGAGAGGUUUCAUUUUGUAAUAAUGUAAAACACUGUUUGCCAAAUCUCACCUUCUCAACCUCUCUUUGCUAUUAGUGAUAAAUAUUUACUAUUUUAUCAUGACUUAGGGCACGAGAGGUGACAGCAAGAUUUUUUUCCUUCUGACUGUCUAUAUCAAAAAAAAAACAAAAUCCCCCAAAAAGGUUGUUUGCAUCCUCUAGAUAAAAUCAUGGAGGGGUUUUUAUGUGCCUAGGAGAAUGUGUGGAAAUAAUGGGCUCUACCUUAACUCUUUUUGUACUUAAAGCUGGAUAACAGAUGGAAAAACUCACUCCAGCAGUUCCCAACAGCCUUGCCAUGGAAAACCAGGCUGUUUUCUAGGACUGUUUUUAUUUUCCAGAAUUAGUUUUAGGUUAAAGGGAUGAUUUGGCUGAGUGAGUAUCAUGAAUUUUCAGUAGUUUUUCAGUAACUUAUCACUGAGUAAACUAAAUCCACAGCAAGCUGGUGAAGGUUCUACAUUGUAUUUUCAACUUCAGGUGUGAGACAAACUAUUAAUGUUAAUUAACAGGAACAAGGGGAGAUCUAGCUCCUUGUCUUGGGGAUUUGGGAAUUGGGAGCAGAGCUAUUCCUGAGCUUUAUGAAUGUCUUCCUAUCCCUGGGGUUUUUGGUGUGCUGUUAAAAAGUCUCUUGGAGCAGCUCUUGUGUGUAUAAAUCUUAUUGCAGGUUGAACUUUUCCUACACAACCAUGGUAACAAAUAAAAUCCUUUGGAUUUCA